GGAGAAAAGCGUCCUUUACAAAUCGUUGGACGUGGGUUUCAGUCCUUCGAAGCAUCCUUGGUGACCCAUCAAAAUUUUGGAUUUUCUUGCUCGUUUGGUCUGUGAAGAAAGGAAGAACAAGAAAUGCCGAUUGAUUACGCAGGAGCUGCUGUGGGAACAGCAUUCGGCGAGCUGUUUGCCCUCGUUAAGGACGUGGUGAAAACCAUUGCAGCGUUUCGGGGCCAGCUCAAGAAGAUCGAGGGCACUUUGAGUACUAUACACCCAAUCAUCAAUGACAUCGAUGAGUACAACAAACGGCUGGACCGUCCGAAAGAGAUGGGUCAGAUCAAGAAACUAUUGGACGAAGGCAAAGAGCUGGUCAACGGGUGCUUGAGGAUCCACCCGCUCAAUCUGUGCAAGAAGUAUACGCAGUCAAACAAGCUGACUGAGUUCGAGGCGGCAGUACGGGGGGAGUUCCAGAUUUACAUGCCGCUGCUGGCCACGAGGAACACCGCUGAGAUACUGGUGCAGAUGGAGAAGAUGAGGAGAGAACUCAAGUUGAUCCGUUCCGGUCAAGCGAGCGAUGUGAGGGGGCUUGGGGCUUUGGGCAACCUCACAAUCCCUGAGGCACCUGACUUCAUUGUCGGGUCGGAAGUGGAGGCAUCCCUGAGGAAGCUCAAGGGACAGUUGCUCCAGGAGGGAGUGUCUGUGAUUGUUGUGACGGCCCCGGGCGGGUGCGGGAAGACAACUCUUCUUAUGAAGUUGUGUCAUGACGUGGACAUUGAAGGCAAAUUCAAAGACAACAUCAUGUUUGUCCGUGUCUCGAAGAAGCCCAACCUGCCAGACAUUGUCCAGAAAAUGAUUCAACAUAAGGGUUUUUCUGUACCCAUGAUUGAAACAGAAGAUGCUGCAGUUCAGUACUUGCAGCAGCUGCUCAUCGAAAUAGGACAAAAUCCAGUGUUGCUUGUGCUGGACGAUGUCUGGACUGAAUGGGAAAGAGUCCUUGAGAAAUUUGUCUUCAAGAAGAUCAAAGAUUACAAGAUUGUGGUGACAUCAAGAUACGAGUUUCCUCGUUAUGGUCAUGUGCAUCGACUGAACCCAUUGACUCAUGGCGAAGCUCUGGAACUUUUCCGUCGAUCUGUAACUGUCGAUGAUAGAAGCAUAGAUGCACCUGAUGAUGCACUCUUGGAUGAGAUAGUGAAACGCUGUAAGGGAUUGCCAUUGGCUCUUACAGUCAUUGCCAAGUCUCUCCAAGGAAAGGAUCGUCCAUUCUGGGAAAAAAAGCUUCUUGAAUGGUCCGAAGGUCAAUUCCGCUUGGAUUCGGACAUCGACAUUUUAGAAUGCCUCAAAAAGAGCUUGGAUGACUUGGAUGGUGACCCUUCAAGGAAGGAACGUUUCAUGGACCUCAGCUCUUUUCCAGAGGAUCGCAAGAUCCCCGCCACUGCUCUUAUCGAUAUCUGGGUGGAAUUGUACAAGCUGGAUUUCGAAGGCGUGCGCGCCAUUACUGAGCUCUGCGAACUCGUUUCGAGGAACCUAGCUACUCUCGUAGUCACCAGGAGAGAUUCAAGUGACGAUGACGACAAAUAUUACGGCAGCCACUAUGCUAUGCUGCAUGAUCUGCUCAGAGAGCUGGCUAUCAAGGAGUGCAACCGGGGCGAAGUAGAGAAGAGAGAGCGACUCAUUCUGGAGUUGACUGGAAAUAAUUUUCCGGAUUGGUGGAGCGAGCAAAAGCAACAACCCCUCAAUGCUCGUCUAGCAUCCAUCUCCACAGACCGAACAUUCUCAGCACCCUGGCCAAAUCUCGUAAUGCCUGCAGCCGAGGCUCUUGUCUUGAACUUCCAGACCAACACACAAACUAAAACUUACGCAUUGCCUGAAUUCAUUGGGAAUUCCCACAAGCUCAAGGCCUUGAUAGUAACAAACUACAGUUUCUUUCCCGCUGAGCUGGGCAAUUUCCAUGUCAUUGGGUCCAAUUUAAAGAGGAUCAGGCUCGAGCGCGUCACGGUUCCUUUACUAAGCAUGGGAAACCUAUGCUUGCACAGCCUGCAAAAGCUAUCCCUUUUCAUGUGUGACAUCAGUCAGGCUUCGACGUCGAACGGUCCCACGAUCUCCGAUGCGAUGCCGAAUUUAUUGGAGCUGGAGAUCGACUAUUGCAACGAUCUUGUGACAAUACAGGACGAUAUCUGUCAGAUAAAUUGUUUGAGGAAGCUUAGCAUCACAAACUGCCAUAAUUUCUCCACUCUCCCCGAACAAAUCGGGCAAUUGGUGUCCAUCGAAGUGGUGAGGCUUAAUUCCUGCACAAACUUGUCGCGGUUACCGAACUCGGUUGGAAGCCUAAAAAAGUUGAUAUCUCUCAAUAUAUCUGAUUGCAUGAGCCUGAGCACCUUGCCUGAUGAAAUUGGUCAACUGACUAAUCUCGAGAGGAUUAACAUGAGAGGAUGUCUGAGCUUGUCUGAAUUGCCAAGAUCGAUCGUGAAGCUGAGAAACUUGAGGAAGGUGGUUUGUGACAAAGGAAAAGACAUCAUGUGGGGGCCUCUCAAGAAGAGUCUCAAUAGCUUGAAGAUAAUAUUGUCUGAAGAAAAAGAGGAUAACUUAGAUUGGCUCCGUGAUUGAAAAGGAGGUAAUGACUGGUCCAUUGCAAGCUUUUCCCGAGCCGGCCGAGCCAUUGUUGACUGGACCAAAUGAUUUGACGUGGAAUGCCACAUCAUUUUGUUAAAUAUUUCCUAGCGAGAUUAUAUUUUGUUCUUUUC